UGUUACAAAUGCGAUAACAAUUACAUCGUUUAUCGGUGGUCUGACAGCUCCAACAAAUACACAUUUUUACCCAUGCAAUCGUAGGGUCACACUUUCGUGAAAUCAUAUGAUCGAUUUGCAGUGAAAAUUUUCAGACGUUGGGCAGAAGGCAAAGCACGGUUGUUGUACGUGGGCUUCUUCGAAACACUUGAAUUUCCUUUCGGUUUGUGCAGUGAAAAAAAUCAGUCAAAAUGGCACUGAGCGAUGCUGAUGUACAAAAGCAGAUCAAACACAUGAUGGCGUUCAUUGAGCAGGAGGCCAAUGAGAAAGCCGAGGAGAUCGACGCCAAGGCCGAGGAGGAGUUCAACAUCGAGAAGGGACGCCUGGUCCAGCAGCAGCGUCUCAAGAUCAUGGAGUACUACGAGAAGAAGGAGAAGCAAGUGGAGCUGCAGAAGAAGAUUCAGUCCUCCAACAUGCUCAACCAGGCUCGUCUGAAGGUGCUGAAAGUGCGCGAGGACCAUGUGAGCAGCGUGCUGGAUGAUGCCCGCAAGCGUCUCGGCGAGGUCACCAAGAAUCAGUCCGAGUACGAGACUGUGCUGACCAAGCUCAUCGUCCAGGGCCUGUUCCAGAUCAUGGAGCCCAAGGUGAUCCUGCGCUGCCGCGAGGUGGACGUCCCCCUGGUACGUAACGUCCUGCCUGCCGCCGUGGAGCAAUACAAGGCCCAGAUCAAACAGAACGUCGAGCUGUUCAUCGACGAGAAAGACUUCCUCUCUGCUGAUACCUGCGGUGGUGUUGAGCUGCUGGCCCUCAACGGACGCAUCAAGGUGCCCAAUACGCUGGAGUCCAGAUUAGACCUCAUUUCGCAGCAGCUGGUGCCCGAGAUUCGUAACGCACUUUUCGGCCGCAACGUCAAUCGCAAAUUCACCGACUAAAUUCUAUAAGUGCAAAACAAAACAUAACUAACCAGAAAGAGAACCAGCAUCAACACCUAUCCAGCAGGAACAGUUCAAGUUAUUACAAGAGAAGCUCCACCCACUAAAUAUUGAACCCAAGUAAACUCAUCCUUUGGCAGUCAGGAGGCAACAGCUAGGAUUAUAUUCGAUUUCAAAAUACUUUUGCCGUUGUCUUUGUAUAGUUAAACUGAAACACUCAAGAGCAUUUCGGUCCUUGUGUACGCAACAGUUUUAAUAGUAACCACACUAAACACGCAUAUAUAUUAUCCGAUAUAUAUGUCUGUAUGCCAAUACUUACUAUAUAGUUUAGAGGACACGAUCCUAGGAGCAUACGAAAGCAUAAUACGAGUUUGUUAAAGUUUGUUCGUUUUUUUUACAUAUGCACAUAUUUCUGAGCAGUAGGUCCAGUCAUGUGCUUAUAUUGUAUACAUACACUUUAAAAUUUUGCAUACA